AUGAUGCUGGCCGAACAGUACCGAGAUUUUCUGGAAGCAACGACCGGGGCACCUCUGCCCCCAGUCAGCUCGAACGCCCCGCACCGCGGUGAGCUGCGCCGCUCCACGGCGGCCACGGCCGCGAAAGUGAAGGAGAUGCCACACCCAACUCCAGCAUGCGCAGGCGACUCCGGGUCGGAGCGGAGGUCGGCAAUGCUGCAGGCCCUGGCAGGGCUGAACGAGCAGCCUAGCCAGGUCCCAACUGCCCCAAUACAGCCAGCGAUGGAUUCCUCGGCGGCGCUGCAAAAGUGUAGUGCGGCCGCGCUGACCUCGAUGAUACAGUCUGGAGAUCCUCGCCCCUCGGGGCGGGCACGCCGAACCUCGCAACUGCUCCAAGACGCGUUGCGCAUGAGCAGUGGGUCCAACUUUCUCCUCCAGCGGAUGCAUGCAGCCUCGAGUGUAUCAAACUCAGAAGAAGCUCACAGCAUCAGCUUCAGGAGUGCUGUUCAAGCGGGCAGGCAAUACUUUGAUGCAACACUGCCGCCUGUGCCCUGCGAUGGCCCUAGCUGCACAGAGAACUCUUGCAGCCUCAACCACCCACAUCUUGUAGCCCUCCAGGCUGGUGAUGGUGAUGGCUUCAUGAGCCGUGGAAAGCCUAUAUCUGCUGUAGAGUUUCGGAGACUCAUGGCAACCGAGUCCAUGAUGAGACGAGACAACCACUCUGCUCAAUCGCCAGGUAUGCAGGCAAAAAAGUCUUCUGGCGCUGGCAUAGCUUUUGAGGAGCACACAGCAUUCAACUUCCUGAAGCUUCACAGCCUUGCUCUCGCCUCCCUGGUUAUUGCCCCGAUCUGUCGGCCUGGCACGCGUAAGCUUGAUUGCAGAGAUGGUCCACAUGUUUAUGGCCUCUCCGAAGUGUCGUUUCGGCUCCUUGCAAUGUGA